GGAGGAGCGCUGCUGCUGCUGCUGCUGCUGGUGCUUCUGCUGCUGGUCUGGGCUGCCUCUGCCGGGGCUCCCUCCGGGGCUCAGCAUGGCCAAGCACCACCGCACUCCCGCCCGCGCCUCCGAGCCCGUCAUCGAGGUCAAGAGCAAGUUUGAUGCCGAGUACCGUCGCUUUGCCAUGAAGCGCUCUGCUGUAGGUGGCUUCCAGGAAUUCUACCAGCUGAUUCAGAGAGUCCACCAGAUCCCCUGCGUGGAUGUCCUUCUUGGAUACACAGACAUCCAUGGUGACCUGCUGCCCAUCAACAAUGACGACAAUUACCACAAGGCACUGUCAUCGGCCAAUCCUUUGCUCCGGAUCAUCAUCCAGAAACGAGCAGAAGCCGACACCAGCGUCUUUGCCUCUAACUCUCUGCAGCGGAAGAAAAAGGGGCUCCUCCGUCCAGUGCACCAGCGGGCCAAGCCCCACUUGCUGAUUGGAAUGCCCCAGGACUUCCGCCAGAUCUCCUCCAUCAUUGAUGUGGACAUCCUACCAGAGACCCAUCGGCGCGUGAGGCUACAUAAGCAUGGGUCAAAUAAACCACUGGGCUUCUACAUACGGGAUGGAGUCAGUGUGCGGGUGGCCCCCCAUGGGGUUGAGAAGGUGCCUGGCAUCUUUAUCUCUCGCUUGGUUAAAGGGGGUCUGGCAGAGAGCACUGGGCUUUUAGCUGUGAAUGAUGAGAUCCUCGAAGUCAACGGCAUUGAUGUGGCGGGAAAGUCCCUGGACCAGGUCACGGACAUGAUGGUGGCCAACAGCCACAAUCUCAUCAUCACCGUCAAGCCGGCCAACCAGCGCAACAAUGUAAUCCGCAGCAGCAAAGCGUCUGGCAGCUCUGGCGUGUCCACGGACAGUACUCCCAGCCAGCAGACACCCAGCCCGGCCUCCCAGUACCUGAGUAACUGCAGCACAGCAGAGGGGGAAAGCGAUGAAGAGGGUGACCUGGUGAUUGAGAGCGAUUUGCCUGCCAGUUGCCCCAAUGGUGGUCUCCUUGAGAGCCUGCAACACAGCCUGUCUCUGUAUAGCUCUCAGGGCUCACUGCCCUCACUGAACAGUCACAGCGGUAGUGGCAGCCCCAUUCGGGGCAGCCGAGCAGGAAGCCUCCGGGAGGAUGGCACGGUCUUCACGCUAUAGCCCUGGGCAACAGCCUCCCCUAUCAUAUGUGAAAUCACCUCGCCAAGGUCAGUUUGGCAGUAGCCAGAUAAUGGAACUGGAAUCUGGAGCCCAUCUGGAACGGACUCCUCAUGGAUGUGCUGUCACAGAACCUUCUUUGGAGACUGCCUGCCAAGGCCAGCGGUGCUCUCUGCAGCCACAGUAGCAAAAAUGGCAGAUGGGUUGGGAGCAGUAGGGGCCAUCCCAACUUCCCUGGAACAGUUCCCAUGGGGGGGGGAGGCCCCUUCCUCCUUGUUGAGCCAAAACAAUGGGAGUUUUAUUACAUUUGCUGUUCCUCCUCUUCAGCCCCUGGCCUGUGUUCCAGGCAGAAUGGGGAUCUAUCCCCCUCCAGAGCCUGUUGUCCCUGCCUCCAUCCACUGUUGGCACUCAUAAAAGUGUUUUGAUUUUAGUUGUUUGUUUUUAUGAAAACAUGCAUCAGAGAUUAAUAUAGUGCAACAGACUAUUAAACAUGGUGUUGUUUUUUU